CCGGCCCGCGAGCGCGGUUAGACCGUGCGGAAAGCAGCCGCGAGGCCGCCGCCCGCAGCCCCAGACGCUCCGGCGCCGGGACAGAGCACCCUCUGCACACCCUCUCGGCUGUGCCCACACCCGUUUAACAAGAUGUCUGUAAAGGAAGGGGCCCAGCGCAAGUGGGCGGCGCUGAAGGAGAAGCUGGGGCCGCAGGACUCAGACCCCACGGAGGCCAACCUGGAGAGUGCUGAGCCCGAGUUGUGCAUCCGGCUGCUGCAGAUGCCCUCCGUGGUCAACUACUCGGGCCUGCGCAAGCGCCUGGAGAGCAGCGAUGGCGGCUGGAUGGUGCAGUUCCUGGAGCAGAGCGGCCUGGACCUGCUGCUGGAGGCGCUGGCACGGCUGUCAGGGCGUGGGGUGGCCCGCAUUGCGGACGCCCUGCUGCAGCUCACCUGCAUCAGCUGUGUGCGUGCAGUCAUGAAUUCACAGCAGGGCAUCGAGUACAUCCUCAGCAACCAGGGUUAUGUGCGACAGCUCUCCCAGGCCCUGGACACUUCCAACGUCAUGGUCAAGAAGCAGGUGUUUGAACUGCUGGCUGCUCUGUGCAUCUACUCACCGGAGGGCCAUGCACUGACGCUAGAUGCCCUGGACCAUUACAAGAUGGUGUGCAGCCAGCAGUACCGCUUCAGCGUCAUCAUGAAUGAGCUCUCGGACAGCGACAACGUGCCCUACGUGGUUACCCUGCUCAGUGUGAUCAACGCUCUCAUUCUGGGCCCCGAGGACCUCCGCACUCGUGCCCAGCUGCGGAGUGAGUUCAUUGGGCUACAGCUGCUGGAUAUUCUGACCCGACUCCGAGACUUGGAGGAUGCGGAUCUGCUGAUCCAGCUGGAGGCCUUCGAAGAGGCCAAAGCGGAGGAUGAGGAAGAGCUUCAGCGAGUCAGUGACGGGAUCAACAUGAACAGCCACCAGGAAGUCUUCACCUCACUGUUCCACAAGGUGAGCUGUUCCCCAGCGUCGGCCCAGCUGCUGUCAGUGCUGCAGGGUCUCAUGCACCUGGAACCUGCCGCCCGUUCAGGCCAACUGCUCUGGGAGGCCCUGGAGAACCUGGUGAACCGGGCCGUGCUUCUGGCCAGUGACGCCGAGGCCUGCACCCUGGAGGAGGUGGUUGAGCGACUUCUGUCCAUCAAAGGGCGGCCCCGACCAAGCCCCCUGGACAAGGCCCACAAGAGCGUGCAGACCAACUUAGGCCAGAAUCAGGGCAGUUCCUCCCAAAACACUACUACUCCCACAGCUAAAAUGGAAGGCCGGCAGCCAGUAGUGGCUUCUCCAUGCCAACAUGUGGGCAGCAUCCAGAGCUCCAGCAUGGACGCAGCUCCACAGCUAGCAGCCUCACCCCUGCCUACCCCACCACUCUCCAGCUCCACCCCUGUGCUCCCUCCACCCCCACCGCCCCUGCCAGGCUCAGGGGCCACAUCUCCCAGCACCUCCUCCACCCCCCCCUUGCCACCCCCUUUGCCAGGCUCAGGGACCGUGUCUCCCCCUCCCCCCACCCCCCACCCUUGCCACCCCCCUUUGCCAGGCUUAGGGGCCGUAUCUCCCCCUCCACCCCCACCCCCACCUCCCCUACCAGGUUCAAAGGCUAUGUCUCCCCCAGCACCACCUCCACUUCCAUCUCUGCCUCCACUCCCACCCCUGCCCCCCCCACCCCCUCCCCACCCCCCACUCCCUGGCAUGUGCCCAGUUCCUCCCCCUCCCCCACUACCCACAGCAGGCCAGGUCCCUCCACCCCCUCCCCUGCCUGGUUUCUCUGUCCCCUCCGUGGUGGGUGGUGUGGAGGAGAUCAUUGUGGCCCAGGUCGACCACAGCCUGGGCUCAGCCUGGGUCCCCAGUCACCGCAGAGUGAACCCACCCACCCUGCGAAUGAAGAAGCUAAACUGGCAGAAGCUGCCAUCCAAUGUGGCACGAGAGCGCAACUCCAUGUGGGCAACACUGAGCAGCCCCUGCACAGCCGAAGUGGAACCCGACUUCUCCAGCAUUGAGCAGCUGUUUUCCUUCCCCAUGGCUAAGCCCAAGGAACCCUCUGCUGCCCCCGCCAGGAAGGAACCCAAAGAAGUUACUUUUCUGGACUCCAAGAAGAGCCUGAACCUCAACAUCUUCCUGAAGCAAUUUAAAUGUUCCAAUGAAGAAGUCACCGGCAUGAUCCAGGCUGGAGACACAAGCAAGUUUGAUGUGGAGGUUCUCAAACAGCUCCUAAAGCUUCUUCCAGAGAAGCACGAGAUUGAGAACCUACGGGCGUUCACCGAGGAUCGAGCCAAAUUGGCCAGUGCUGACCAGUUCUACAUUCUCCUCCUGGACAUUCCCUGCUACCAGCUGCGGGUGGAGUGCAUGAUGCUGUGCGAGGGCACAGCCAUCGUACUGGACAUGGUGCGGCCCAAGGCCCAGCUGGUGCUCACCGCCUGCGAGAGCCUGCUCACCAGCCAGCGGCUGCCGGUCUUCUGUCAGCUGAUCCUCAAAAUUGGGAAUUUCCUCAACUAUGGCAGCCACACGGGAGAUGCGGAUGGCUUCAAGAUUAGCACUUUGCUGAAGCUCACAGAGACCAAGUCCCAGCAGAGCCGUGUGACGCUGCUGCACCAUGUGCUGGAGGAAGUGGAGAAGAGCCACCCGGACCUCCUGCAGCUGUCCCGGGACCUGGAGCCGCCCUCUCAAGCUGCAGGAAUCCACUUGGAGAUCAUCCACUCAGAGGCCAGUGCCAACCUGAAGAAGCUUCUGGAAGCAGAGCGGAAGGUGUCCUCCUCAAUCCCUGAGGUGCAGAAGCAGUAUGCUGAGCGCCUGCAGGCCAGCAUUGAGGCCUCCCGGGCGCUGGACAAGGUGUUUGACGCCAUUGAGCAGAAGAAGCUGGAGCUGGCUGACUACCUGUGCGAAGACCCCCAGAAGCUGUCCCUAGAGGACACGUUCAGCACCAUGAAGACCUUCCGAGACCUCUUCACCCGUGCCCUGAAGGAGAACAAGGACCGGAAGGAACAGAUGGCAAAGGCGGAAAAGAGAAAACAGCAGCUGGCGGAGGAGGAGGCACGGAGGCCGAGGGAUGAGGACGGGAAGCCUGUCAGGAAGGGGCCUGGGAAGCAAGAAGAGGUAUGUGUCAUCGAUGCCCUGCUGGCCGACAUCAGGAAGGGCUUCCAGCUGCGGAAGACAGCCCGGGGCCGGGGAGACACCGACACAAGUGGCAGAGUGGCUCCAGCAGAUCCUCCAAAAGUCACAGAGCCUGCAACUGCCAGCAAUCCUACCCAGGGCACAAACCAGCCUGCCUCAGAGCCAAGCUCUGAUACCACAGCAGCCGGCGAGCCACAGGGCUGGGACCUUGUGGACGCUGUAACCCCCAGCCCCCAGCCCACCAAAGAGGACGGUGGUCCGCCAUCCCUGGAGAGGCGUUCCUCCUGGUAUGUGGAUGCCAGCGACUUCCUGGCCCCUGAAGACAUCUUAAACGCCCAGCCCUCUGAGGGCGCCUGGCCAGUGACUCUGGGAGAUGAUCAAGCUCUGAAACCCCUUGAGUUCUCUAGCAAUAAGCCUCCUGGGGUGGAGCGCUCACACCAGGACGCUACAGAUCCUGAAGCCCUGUGGGGUGUCCACCGAGCUGAGGCUGACAGCACCAGUGUGCGGCCAGAGGAUGCUACUGAGCGAGGACAGGGCACCCACCUCCCUCGCCCUGGAGAGGAUGAGGACGAAGAGGACACGGCCCCAGAGUCUGCACUCGACACCUCCCUGGACAGGUCCUUCUCUGAGGAUGCAGUGACAGAUUCCUCAGGGUCUGGUACCCUCCCCAGGGUCCAGGGCCGGAUCUCGAAAGGGACAGGCAAGCGGAGGAAGAAACGCCCCUCAAGGCGCCAAGAAGGCCUCAGGUCCAGGCCCAAAGCCAAGUGACUGCCCUCAUCGGCUCAGCACAUCGGCGGGUGCUGGAUGUGCCGCCUGCAGAGGCUCUUCGGGGCCAGGCUGGGACUGGGCCCCUGAGAAAACCCAAACUCCGUGCCUUACCCAGUCAGGAUCCUUGGGAGCCUUGGCCCUCGAUGCCAGGACCUGGCCUAGCAUCACCCUGGGCCACCUGCACGUUCAUGGCCUCAUCAUCUGCUUUGCGAACCACUACCCACCCCCUGUCGCAUGCACCUUCCACCCCUGCGGUGUCUGACUCUAGGGAGAUAGGUACAGGUCUGUGAUGGGCUGAGACAUCCCCCCCCACCCCCACGGCUCAUUGGUUUCUUUUAGCUGAGUGCUGUUUUCUGCAGCUUUGCUAUGGUGAGUUGGGGGGUUAGUGAGGGCCUGAGGGAUGCUUGUUGGAAGUACUGUGGGUAGGUCCUGGCAGGUUCUUAGGGAACAAACAAACAAAAGACUCAUCUGCAUGUGGGUGGUGACCUGGCCACAGCAGCUGUCCUCUCCCUUGCUGUCUGCCCAGUGGGGAUGAGCUGCCCUGGCUCAGCCCCUAUCCGGUGUGCACUGUUGAGUCUGCGGGCCAGCCGGGAUUUUAACCAAUAAAGAGCAACCUUGUCUGUCAUGA